CACGGGAAAAGAGCCGGGGAAGGUGGGAACGUAGAGGAAGUCGUCGUACGUCGUCCGGAUGUGGACGUGGCACAGCGUUGCAGCAGUUCCGCUGAAUGUCCGCUUCUGCAACCAAGAAGGGAUUAGUGAGCAACACCCCGGGACGGCUUCGAGUUCAGUCUGCCACAGGGCUUCUCUGUUUGCCACGAACAACGGAUUGCCUUACUAUUUACACCUCUAGCGAGCUUUAGGGAUGAACUGAAGAUGAAUGUAAACCAGCACACUCCAAUGGCCUCUCCCUACGGCCAGCCCCAGCCUGGCUACUCUCAGCCCGGCUACGCCCCCCUGGACGGAGGAUACCCUGCCCCCUAUGGACCUUACAACGGCCCCGCUUCAGCCUAUCAGCCUGGCGUUCCUCCACAAGGUUAUUCUCCUUUCACAAGCUUUCCCUCUAAGGCUGUGGCAGCCAACCCAGUCUCUGACCUCUCCUCUCCUCUUGACUUAGGUCAGGCUCAGGGUCCUCCCACCUCUGCACCACCUCCUGUCUCAGCCCCUCAACAGUAUAACCAGUACAGCCACAGUCAGGGGGACAUGCAGAAUGGACCCCCACCUAUGACACAAGCACCACCCAGGCCUGCUGCAGCCCAGCCAUACAACCAGGGACAUAUGAACAUGACCGGGCCGCACCCUUCCUAUCCGCAACACUAUGGACCUCCACCCACAAUGCAACAGGUCACCAGUCAGAUGACGGGGAUGCAGAUCACGUCCGGACCGCCAACCCCAGCAGGGCCAGGAUAUGCUCCUCCUCACAGCUCCCAGCCCCCCAUCAGUACCUACUCUGCCCCACCCCAGCCCUCCUACACCCAGGCUCCGCCUCCUGCCUCAUCUGCUCCCACCCAGCCUCCACCCUGCAUUCCUCCGCCUCCCGACUCGUCUCGUCCCCCCACCUCCCAGCAGCAGUUCACAUCUUCUGCUCCACCUCCGCCCUCCCAGCAGACUUUCCCCCCAUCCUCUUUCUCGGGUCUCCCGACUCGGCCCCAAGCUGCGCCGGUAUCUCAGCCGCAGCCGCCCUUCCCUGCUGCUCCGCCCUCUUUGUCAUCAGCACCUCCACCUGGUAGCCAAUCUGGCUUCGCUGGCGGCCCGCCUCCGAUCGCUCAAGGCUCCUUUCCACCUCACCUGACACAGCCUUCCUCUCAGCCAGGGUCUUUUCCUCCGCCUGGGCCUCCCCCCACCGCAGCGGUUUCGGGUCAGUACCCCCCCAUGUCUCAGCCACAGCAGCCCCCUGCAGCCCAGCCGUCUCUGUACCACUCAGGGCCGCCGCCUCCCAGGGCUCAAAUGCCUCCAACAUCUAUGGGACAGAGCAACCACCUGCCUCCAGGACCGCAGGGUCCACCGGGUCAACAGGGGCCUCCGGGGCCCCUGCAGCAGCCCCCUGUUCAGCCUGGCAUGCAGACAGGAUACCCUCCUCAACAAAAUGGUGCGUUUGGCCAGGCCAGAAGCCCCCAGCCUGGAUAUGCAGGUCCGUAUCCUGGACAACCAAACUACGGGGCCCCGGCACCGGCUCCCACCUCUGCUCCUGCUCCACAGAAGAGACUUGAUCCGGAUGCUAUUCCCAGCCCGCAAGCGUCUGACAUGCCGGCUGUGCAGAAAUCAAGACAUAGAAUAGAUCCAGAUGCUAUCCCCAGCCCAAUCCAGGUAAUAGAAGACGAUAAGGCUAAGACCAAUGAGCCAUUCACAACAGGGGUCAGAGGUCAGGCUCCACCUCUAGUCACAACCAACUUUCAGGUCAAAGAUCAAGGAAAUGCCAGUCCCAGGUUUAUCCGCUGUACGGCCUACAACAUGCCUUGUACGUCCGACAUGGCCAAGCAGUCGCAGGUCCCCCUGGCUGCUGUCAUCAAGCCCCUCGCCACGCUGCCCCCCGAUGAGGCCCCUCCAUAUGUGGUGGACCACGGCGAGUCCGGUCCGAUCCGCUGCAACCGAUGCAAGGCCUACAUGUGUCCGUACAUGCAGUUCAUAGAGGGAGGUCGCCGCUUCCAGUGUGGCUUCUGCAGCUGUGUCACAGAGGUGCCUCCACAUUACUUCCAGCAUCUGGAUCACACCGGGAAGAGAGUGGACUGCUACGAUCGUCCGGAGCUGUCGCUGGGCUCCUACGAGUACCUGGCAACUGUUGACUAUUGCAAGAACAACAAGCUUCCGCAGCCUCCAGCCUUCAUCUUCCUCAUCGACGUGUCCUACAACGCAGUGAAGAGCGGGAUGGUCAGCAUAGUCUGUAACGAGCUCAAGAGUCUGCUGGAUCUUCUGCCCAGGCAAAACCCGGAGGUGGAUUCUGUGAUUCGGGUUGGUUUCGUCACCUACAAUAAGGUGUUGCAUUUCUACAACGUGAAGUCGACCCUCGCCCAGCCCCAGAUGCUGGUGGUGUCAGACGUGUCGGACAUGUUUGUGCCGCUGCUCGACGGCUUCCUGGUGAAUGUGAACGAAAGCAGACAAGUCAUCGAGAGUUUGUUGGAUCAGAUCCCAGAGAUGUUUGCUGACACCAGAGAGACGGAGACGGUCUUUGGACCCGUCAUCCAGGCGGGACUGGAAGCAUUAAAGGCGGCUGACUGUGCCGGGAAGCUGUUUGUGUUUCACACCUCUUUGCCCAUCGCAGAAGCUCCUGGAAAACUGAAAAACCGAGAAGAUAAGAAGCUAAUCGGGACUGACAAGGAAAAGACUCUGUUUCAGCCGCAGGUCGGAGUCUACAACAACCUGGCUAAGGAGUGUGUGGCUCAGGGCUGCUGCGUGGAUCUUUUCCUUUUCCCUAAUCAGUACGUGGAUGUGGCAACGUUAGGAGUGGUUCCUGUCUCCACUGGAGGCUCCAUCUACAAAUACACAUAUUUUCAGGCUCAGACAGAUCAAGAGCGAUUCCUGAACGACCUGAGGCGAGACGUUCAGAAACAAGUCGGGUUUGACGCCGUGAUGAGGGUCCGGACGAGCACAGGGAUCCGGGCUACAGAUUUCUUCGGAUCGUUCUACAUGAACAACACCACGGAUGUAGAGCUGGCGGGGCUGGACUGCGACAAGGCCAUCACUGUUGAGUUCAAACACGACGACAAGCUCAGCGAGGAGACGGGAGCGCUCAUGCAGUGUGCCGUUCUGUACACCAGCUGCAGCGGUCAGAGGCGCCUGCGCAUCCACAACAUGGCGGUGAACUGCUGCGCGCAGCUGGCCGAUCUCUACCGCAACUGUGAGACCGACACAAUCAUCAACUACUUCGCCAAAUAUGCUUUCAGGGGUGUUGCAAACAAUACCACCAAGGCUGUGAGGGACACUCUGGUCAACCAGUGCGCUCAGAUUCUGGCCUGCUAUAGAAAGAACUGUGCCAGUCCAUCAUCUGCUGGUCAGCUGUGGGUGGGAGCCAGCCUGUCAGCAGGAGCUGCUGCUCAACAUCUGCACGAGCUUCAGCCAGAUCGAUCCAACAUGAUGAAGAAAGGCGGAGUUUACCUGAUGGAGACGGGGCUCCACCUCUUCCUGUGGGUGGGAGCCAGCGUUCAGCAGGAGCUGCUGCUCAACAUCUUCGGCACGCCGAGCUUCAGCCAGAUCGAUCCGAACAUGAUCAGUCUGCCUGUUCAUCAUGAUACAUGA